AUGUACCUGUUUCUCGUCGCUUUUCAGUGCAGACCGAUACAUACAUUUUGGGACGAGGGGCCCCGCACGCCGGGGAAGUGCUUUGAAAGGAACAUCGUCCUCGGCUCAACAUACACCGCGACUACAUUGAACUGCAUAGCUGACUGGGCAUUCGGGGUUUUGCCUCUGUUCAUCAUCUGGUCCCUAAAUCUUCGUCGGAAGACAAAAAUUCUGAGUACAGUUCUACUAGGGUUUGCUUCCAUAGCAAGUAUAGCUACGAUUAUUCGAGCGAUAACUGUACCGUCUGUCUUGAGUGAGAAGAACUUUCUUCGCGACACCACCGGCUUUGCGAUUUGGUCUACUGUCGAACCUGGGAUAGGUAUCACUGCAGCUUGCGCGCCGGGGAUUACUCCUCUUGUGAGGCGCCUAUAUGGGAAGCGACGUCAAAGGGGACAUAGUAUAGGAAUUUGGAAGACCAGGCAAUUGCCAACAAUCACUAUUACGGAUACCACGAUGUCGAAGAGACACUUCAGGGGCUCCCUGUCUCGAAAUGAGCCAACUCCGUCCAAGGAGAUGCCACGACUUCGUUUCGACGACUUUACGUAUGAAUCACGAAUUUCUGGGCCGAAUACACCGCCCACACGACCAGCACCGCCCAGAAAUAGGGCAUCAUGGGCCUUUUCGCUGCGGUCCAGCUCAGGGUCCUCAUCAUCCUCUGCGGCAGGCUCUGAAUCUUCCAAAAGCUUAAAUUCGGCGAGCUCGGCUGUCUCGACAGGUGGAGCACUGAGAGAGCCACCAAUAUCAGGUAUCAUGAAAACAAUGGAGUUCGAACUAUCUUACGAGGAACGUGCAUGGCCAACGCACGGUGGAAUGAAGUAUGGCAACGAUUUUUCGACAUUCCGGCCAGAUGCGAUUGAAGGCAUGAGGAGACUAUUAGGAGAUGACUUGCCGCACCUACCCGAUGGUGAACAUCCAUCAUUGUCACUGAACCUUGAUGUCGAUGCUUGGUUUCCUCCAUCAACAACGAGACACUCAGCGCCUCCCGAGGCGAAUUGGAAAUGGCCCGAAAAUAAUGGCGAAAAAAAGAACUCAGAGGACGAGGAGGAAUUAUACCCUGCAGGAAUGGGAAGUCAAGGUCCAACAGGAAACGGACAAGUUGGCGAUUCAUAG